AUGGAUCUGAAAAACUGUACCAGGAUAAAAGAAUUUAUUUUCCUUGGCCUAACCCAGAAACAAGAACUGAGCUUGAUCUUCUUUCUUUCCUUACUUUUGGUGUAUGUGACAACUCUUCUGGGAAACCUCCUCAUCAUGAUCUCAGUGACUUGUGAAUCUCACCUUCACACUCCCAUGUAUAUUUUGCUCCGCAAUUUAUCUAUUGCUGAUAUCUGCUUUUCCUCCAUCACAGCUCCCAGGGUUCUGGUAGACCUUCUAUCAGACAGAAAGACCAUCUCCUUCAAUGGUUGCUUCACCCAGAUAUUUUUCUUCCACCUCAUUGGUGGAGUAGAUGUGUUUUCUUUGUCAGUGAUGGCGUUUGAUCAUUAUAUAGCCAUCUCCAAGCCCCUGCACUACGUAACCAUCAUGAGUAGGGGUCGAUGCACUGCACUCAUUGUGGCCUCGUGGGUGGGGGGCUUCAUUCACUCCAUCGUGCAGAUUUCCCUGUUGCUCCCACUCCUGUUUUGUGGCCCCAACAUUCUUGACACUUUCUACUGUGAUGUCCCCCAGGUCCUCAAACUUGCCUGCACAGACACCUUUGCACUUGAGCUCCUGAUGAUUUCCAAUAAUGGACUGCUCACCACACUGUGGUUUCUCUUCCUUCUGGUGUCCUACAUGGUCAUCUUGUUGUUACUAAGGUUUCAGGCUGGAGAGGGCAGGAGGAAAGCCAUCUCCACCUGCACUUCCCACAUCGCGGCAGUGACCCUGCAUUUUGUGCCCUGCAUCUAUGUCUAUGCCAGGCUCUUCACUGCCCUCCCCACAGAUAAGGCCAUCUCUGUCACCUUCACUGUCAUCUCCCCUCUGCUCAACCCCUUGAUCUACACCCUGAGGAACUAUGAGAUGAAGUCAGCUAUGAGGAGACUCAGGAAAAAACUCGUAUCUUCUGACAGCAAAUAG